GUUUUAUAUUAAAAUUAGGAGCACUGAUGUUUUGUCGAGUAUCUCUCUAGUGAUCAGGUGUUUCAAUCGGGGUCGAACGUACUGCAAGUCUCGACAGGUAAAAUGUGUGUCUUUACAUUUCUGCUGUUGAGUUUGAUUUUGCAGCACGCAGCCACAUCGCCUAUUUCAUCUGCAGAAGGCACUGAAGACGGCAGUGGGUAUGAAGAAGCUCUAGACAUUGUUGAGAUAAACAAAGAUCUGAAUCUACAUGAGGGAGACAUACGACUAAUGACUGGCCGUGACAGGAACAUUGUUGUUGGAAACCAGUUCAGAUGGGAAUUACCAGUCCCAUAUGUGUUACAUGAGAGCCUUGACUUGAAUGCCAAAGGGGUUGUUCUACGGGCUUUUGACCAAAUACGGCUGAAAACGUGCAUCGACUUCAAACCCUGGGAAGAUGAGCCACACUACAUUGUAGUCAUCCAAGACGAUGGAUGUUGGUCAUAUGUUGGGAAUCAACAUCAGGGAAACCAAAGUGUCUCUAUUGGACAGUGGUGUGAUCACCUUGCCAUUGUGGAGCACGAGUUUCUUCAUGCACUGGGCUUCUGGCAUGAACAGUCCAGAUAUGACAGAGAUGAAUAUGUGACCGUUGUCUGGGAAAACAUAGAAAAAGGAAAGGAACACAAUUUUUUAAAGCACAGUUCGAACUACACUACCACACUAGGAACGAUGUAUGAUUACACAUCUGUGAUGCACUACAACAAAGACGCCUUCUCUAAUGGCAAUGGAUCCACCAUCGUCACUAAUCUGCCAGAGUACCAAGAUGUAAUUGGUCAGCGUCUAGAAAUGAGCUCUAAUGACGUUCUGAAGCUCCAGAAGCUUUACAACUGCACAUCUGCCGUAACCUUUCGGAUGUCCUGCAGCUUUGAAGAUGAAAGAGUGUGUGAUAUGACUCUUUGCGCUGCAGGAAAUACCAGCUGGGAGAGAGUGGGCAGCACAAAAGCCGGGCCGUUUUCCGACCACACCAGUCUGAGUUCACAGGGAGAGAACCAGACAGAAUCUGCUCAUGGAAAUGGCACAGCAAAUCAAAAUGGUGGAGGCUCCUUCAUGCACUGCAGCACAGUGUCUGGAAAAGAGGGGGAUGGCGCCAAAAUGCAGAGCAGGAAGAUGAAUCCAAAGAGGCAGAUCCAGUGCCUCCAGUUUUUCUAUUUUCACAGCGGGAGCGACAAAGACCAACUCAACAUCUGGAUCAGAGAAUAUGACAGGGAAGAUGAGGAGACCACCUAUCUAAUGGGACAGAUCACAGGUCCACCAACAUCUCACUGGCAGCUCCAUCACGUUUCCCUCAAUGCCACUAGGCCCUUCCAGGUGGAGUUUGAGGUCCGCAAAGGAGCAGGAAACUCCUUAGGCGGGUUUUCAGUGGAUGACAUCAACCUGUUUGAAACUGAGUGUCCACAUCAUGUCUGGCAUAUUCCCAAUAUUGACCAUUUUCUGAUGAACAGCAGCGUUGGCACAAGCUUACUGAGCCCACGGUUCAUAACCAGACAGAGCUACGGGCUCCAGCUUCUGCUGCAUCUCUACUCUAAUCACUUCGGUGUUUUCUUCCGGCUCGUGUCCACAGACCAUGAUGACCAGCUCCAGUGGCCAUGUGUGUGGAGACAGGUGACAGUCUCACUGCUGGACCAGAGUCACCACAUCCAGCAGAGGAUGUCGAAGCAGAUAAGCAUCACAACUGAUUCAGAGAGAACAUUCAUUGGAGAUAGUGGAGAGAUAUUUCACUACUGGGAUAACCCCAGGAAGCUGGGGCAUCUCAUCAAUGACACCAACAGAGAGUCGUACUAUGCUGGUCCAAACCUCGGCUACAGGACUUUCUUGUCUUUGGAUGCAUUUCGGUCAGGAAACUUUAUAAAAGGAGGCAGCAUCUUCUUUUUCCUCAGCUUUGAUGAUUUAUCGACUCUACGACUGAGUGGCUCAGACCCUCCUAAGCCACAGAUAUGGUCUAACAUGAACCAUGUGACUCUGAUGAAGACAGAUGAUAAGGGAACCUGCCUAAACCAAAUGAUGGGAAGCACUACAACCAUCAUCACUCCAUCAUUCAUAUCAUCAUUUGCAGUCAGUCUUCCCACAGGAACCAUCUUUACCAUGCUGACAGCCACAGUGGCCCUGAUAUCAGGAAACCUGCCCUUGACACUUUGAAAAUCUCAGCUUUGUUCUACAAGUAUAGAAAUUGGUGUAUUUCUAUGGUCGAGAGACUUUACAAACCAAGGGUGUAGGUUUGCAUAUGAACAAUAGGGACAUGUCCCUACCAAUAUUUUGGGAGGACAGAAUUGUCCCUACCAAUAUCUGAGUGAAUUCGUUCACACUAUGUUUGGAGUAAAGUCAUGUUAGAUCAUUCCAGUGUACCCUCCAAGAAGCUAUGUAUCCAAGACAACCAAUUUAGGCAUGCUAGUAUUUCAUGUGAGAAUGUAACAGUGGUACUUAACAUAAUCAGAAAAAUGUCAACUGUUGUUAUUUAACCAUGUUAGCUAGUGUUAACUAUCAAAUUAAGCCUGGCUUCUGUCUUCUGUUUAAUUUCUGUCAAAAAAUUAUAUUGAUUAAAAAUUAUAUAUAUUAUU